GCUAUUAUCGUAGCGCCCCCAUCCCGAUUUUCACUAAGCACGUGGAUUUCGGAGUUGCAGCUCAAUGGAGCUCCUCGAAUAUGACAUGAUGCCCCUUGAUGCUCCAGGGUUGCCGGCCCUGGACACGGGCACCCUGGAGGCCCUUCUGCAGGGAUCCCUGAUGAACGCCCCUACAUGCUCCGGGCGGCUGCCCCUGGCCCUCAAGCGCCCUGGAGGCCUCCUUCUUCGUAUCCGCGCCUGCGGCAGCCUCGCGUCGACUUGCUGGCCCGCGUGCAUGUUGGCUGCUGCGGAUGACUCCUUUUUUUUUAAUGUGAGCACUGUGUGCCCUUGCCCUCCCCUGUCCCAACAACUCUGUUUUCGCUUUCGUUUUUGUCUUUGUUUAUUGUGGCACGUAGACUCGUAUAUCCCCGCCGCGACGCACCUUCAACCGGAACCGUUGGCCGCCCAGUACGAAGAGCUUGGUCCGGCGGUCCUUGUGUCGUCUGCCCGCCUGGGCCUCGGCCUCCUCGACCACUUUGGGUGGCCACUCCGCGCGCUUGACUUCCCGCCACGGCUUCUCACACAGCGACUACUGCCUGCGGAGGCAGGGUCGCUGCGGUGGCUGUCUCGCCUGGGGGCUUCUGCCGCGCGAGAUUCGGUGGUGGUGGUGCGGGCCACACCCACGGACCCUUCUCCGGGUUCUCCUCCGGGCCCUCGUCCUCCAUCUGUACGCGAACUCGCGUGUCGCGCGCCCGCUUCUCAACCGGCCUACACCCGACCGCGCCCACCUCCUCCCAUACGCGUGCCUCCGGCGUGUCUUCCGCUGGUGCGGGCCAUGUCAACGUCACCGUCUGCUGGUGCCACCGGCGGCCGCCCAUGCCGAUUGUGCGCAGCGUCUGCGCGACGUGCGCCUGGUCCACUUCCCAGGACUGCUGCCGCUCGCACCGGGGCCCCUCCUCAUCCUGGGGUGGCGGUGUCGGUGUGCGCGGUGGCGGCGGCGUCGGUGGUUCUGGCGGCGGUGUCGGCGUGCGUGGCGGUGGUGGGGGCUGCGGCUGCGCGGGGGCGACUGUGGCAACGACGACGGUGA